UUUACCGCGAUUUGCGUCGUAUGGUUUAUGCUGUGUUAUUCAAUUACCACCAUCAUCAAUACACUUCCAUUCAGCGGAAACGGGAAAAAGAGGCCUUGAAAAAGGAAGGUGACGGAAAACGCAGUAAUACACCCGUGGAUUAUGUGGUGCCGCCAAUGCAAGUUCGGGAAUGGAUCUUUUCGGCUGUGAAUCCUUACAAGAAGGCUGAAGUUGUGGAACCAAGAAGCCUGGGCUGGCAAGUUCCAACUGUGCGACGCUUGUGGUUUGGAAAUGCUGCUGCGGACGUGGAUGUGAGAAUGCAUGCCUUUGUCACCUGUAUGCGUGCUGAAGGGCUGGAGAUUUUGAAGCCGGGGACGGUGCAUGGUUACCCAGUUACCCGGCAUUUCUUUGUGCUGCUCUGUGUCUUGAGGUAUAUUCUCACUGCCACUGCCCCACCGAUCAUCACUGUGAUUGAGCUGAAAGCUGUCCUGGUCACUGCCUUGUCGCGACUUCUUGGAGAUCCCACGUAUCUCAGGCUUCUUCAGGCGCAGGACGUGUCAGUCAGAGGAGUUCAGUUGGCAGCCGUGAUCAAUUAUGGCCUCGAAAUGGCUGCCUUUGCAAACAGUGCUUGUGGUGCUCCGAUUCCAUUCGUUGAAAUCAACCCGUGUCUGCUUUUCGACGGAAAGCUCUUCCAGGAACGAUUAAUGGCUGCCCAUCACUGUGAAUCGUUGGCCGAAUUGUGCCAAGGGGAUUUGGCGGCUUGUCGAUUGAUCGACACCAGCUUGCGACAAUUGACGAAUGGGCUCUUGUGGAUUGGGAUGGGUGGCCAUGGUGCUUUGCUUCCGCGUCCGACCCCUGGACCUUUUCCGUUCCCGGACCCAGGCUUUAGACCGAGGAUAAACCCGCUUUUGCGGCCCGGAAAUAAUGGACCCUUGUUUCCGACUCCUAGGAGACAAAUGAUUCCUUCGCGUGGUGGAAACCUGGAAGUUGCUGGCAUCAUUGUUGGACAUUGGGAACCGAAUUUCAAUAAGCAUUCCCUUCACGGGUUUGUGUCUUCUUCCCCCAGGAGGGAUGUUUUUAACCAGAAAACUGGUUCUCCUCAGCGUCAGGCGAAAAAGUCUGGAACUGAGGAUGUAAAGCCAAAGCUGGAGGAAUGUGAGCAGCAUUGGAAUGGGAUCAAGUCUUCAAAGAACCAAGAGUUGCCGCGUGGAAUGAUCAAAGCUCCGGGAGUCGUGAUUGCGUCGCCGAAACCCGCGUUGAAAGAGGAAAAUUUGCAAGAGGAAAUUUUUUCUGGCCUCAACGGACACAGUGAAGAAUAAACCCAAGUUGGUGGUGUGUUGAAAGGAACGAACAAGAAAAAUAGAUGGAACAGAUGAAAUCUCUUUUGAUUUUCCCCCUCAUUUGUCGCAGUAUUUCGAUUGAAGAAGUAAUACGGUUCAAUUGUUUCAAUUCAAGUAGCGAGUGAAAAGGAAGAGGAAGAAAAGGAUGUUCUUGUUUUUGGAAUUUUUUUUUUUUUGCGACUGCGGAAAUGAAGGAUGUUCAGACAAGAUGUCUGAGGUUGAUA